CAAAUACAAAGUGCUGGAUCUCCACUGAUUUUCUUAAUUCUUACCCCCCAAAGCACUCAAACAGCUUGCCAAUUUUACCGAACUACCAGAAACGCCAUUAUUACACCGGAUGAAGAUAUGGACCCCUCGCCUGUAUUGCCUGCCUUAAAAGCUCCUUCACUUAAUCCCACCCAAAAGGAGGGGCCCCUUACCUUCAGCUUCAACAAUUCAACUCCCCCUCUCUUCUUCGGAAACUUCCUCUCUCCCUCCUGAUGCAGAAGACUUACAACAAUCAUCACUAACAACUGCAAUCAAAUUAACCAGCAGCUGAAGAUCAGAUCAAAUGGGUCGCCUUGCACCUCUGUCUGAAGAACCCAUCAACGAAGAGGACACCAGAAACUGUUCAAGGAAAGGUCAGUUGUGGCGUAAUUGGCUCAAGAACCAAUUCCCUCUUCUAUUCAACAAGAAAUGUGAUCUCAAGGUCMUCUUGAGUGUUCUGGGUUGCCCUCUCUCCCCUCUUUCCGUCCACCCAACUCCAUCCAUCAACGAUGUAGCAUCGUCGGCACAAUACAUAAUUCAGCACUUCAUAGCGGCGACGGGGUGCCGGAAAAUAGAGGGGACAGUGAAGAGCAUCUACGCAACCGGGAAGGUGAAGAUGGCGAUGGCGGAAGAGCCUGGAUCAAGUAGUGGUUCCGUAACUGUAACCACUCCGGCCAAGACGUCACAGAAGGGCUGCUUCGUGGUAUGGCAGAUGGUCCCGGACAAGUGGCUAGUGGAGCUGGUAGUCGGCGGGCAAAAGGUCGUUGCCGGCAGCGACGGGGAGGUGGCGUGGCGCCACACGCCCUGGCUCGGUGCACACACGGCCAAGGGAGGAGUUCGACCACUCCGACGUGCACUUCAGGGUCUAGAUCCUGUAACAGUGGCAGCGGUGUUCUCUCCUGCACAAUACAGUGGAGAGAAGAAAAUCAGCGGUGAAGACUGCUUUGUGUUGAAGCUGUCAGCCGACCAUACAGAGCUGGCCGAUCGGAGCGACAGCACGGCAGAGAUCAUCAAACACGUUAUGUUUGGGUACUUCAGCCAGAGAAGUGGGUUACUGGUGUAUCUCGAGGACUCUCUCUUGACACGGAUUCAGUCGCCCGGUUCACGCCCGAUGUACUGGGAGACAACCAUGGGAUCAUCGAUGGAAGACUAUCGAACGGUGGACGGAGUGAUGGUCGCCCACUCCGGCCACUCCACCGCAAGCCUGGCCAGAUUUGGGGACACCGUGAAGCUGGGUCCAGUGAUUACGCGGAUGGAGGAAGCAUGGACGAUUGAUGACGUUGUGUUCAAUGUGCCGGGGCUCUCAAUCGACUGCUUCAUCCCUCCGGAGGAAGUUCAGAAGGAUUAUCCGGAGAAGAACAACGUCAACUGGAAUUCACCAUUACGCCACUGCUAGCAAAUUACAAGCUACAAUCAGAUUGAUCGCGAUAUCUUCUCCAUGACUAACAACAGUACUACUCCAACUUUGGCCUGGCUUACGGCAACCAACUGGAAAAAAAGGGGACCUUUUCAAUGCUUCAAUUCUGUACAUAUUAAUAACUUCAAAUAGAAGUCGAUAUCUGGUGAUGAUGCACCCUUUGUUUUCUUCCAUCGAUCCGGUUUCCUUUUCUCCUCAUAACUUCUUGUGACUGAAAGAUGUAUAUUGGCAUAAUUGAAAUCGAGAGGGUAGAUUGUUAGUUAGCUUCCUCUACUCUCUCUCUUUCUCUCUC